AUGGCUUCCCGUAGCCUGCGCCUCCUGGUGCUUGUGGCGUUGCUGGCGGUGCUCGCUCGCAGCCCACACCUUGGCCUGGUGCCCCGGCGCGGCGUCAGCGCGGCGGCCGCCGCCCUGUGGGGCGGAGCGCCCUUCGCAGCGCGCUGCGCGUGGGCGGAGGUGGCGCUCAAGGAGGAAGCGCCGUUGGUCCAAGGAAGGCAGGAUGAAUACGUGGCAAAAGGUAAUGCCUACGGCAUGGUCAACUACGAGCGUGCCGUCGCGACGACCAAGAAGGCGCUCUUCAAGGAGCUCUUCGGACUUUUGCCACCAAAACCGGUGAUCUUGGACGUGGGAAUUGGGAGCUUUCCCAACGCCGUUUACCUGGGAAACACCGAUGCACCGCCAGAGAUGGACAUCGUGGGCGUGGACCCCAACGAGUUCAUGAAGAAGUAUGCGCUUGAGAAUGCCAAGAAGGCCGGCAUCCUGGCGCCGGAGCGCGGCAACUCGCUGCGCCUCGUGCGCGGCGUCGCGGAGCGGCUGCCCGUGGCCGACCAGACCGCGGACGCGGUGGUUUGCACCUUGACGCUCUGCUCGGUGGAGAACCCACCGCAGGCGCUCAGCGAGAUUCGCCGGGCACUGAAGCCGACGGGGAAGUACCUCUUUGUGGAGCAUGUGCUCUCGGAAACGAACGCCACGCUCGCGACGGCCCAACGACGCGCGAGCACGCCAGAGUACGUCCUAGCAUCUGCUGGCUGCCACUUCGACCGUCAGACCUUGCAGACGAUCCAGCAGGCGGGCUUCGCGGAGGUCAAGGGGGGUUACUUCGAACUGGAGGGCUGUGGCUUUUUGAAUCCCACAGUGGCCGGUUUGGCCACCGCUUAG